UCCGGGGAGACCGGAUAUAGUGAAUGCAGGGUCCGGGGAGACCGGAUAUAGUGAAUGCAGAGUCCGGGGAGACCAGAUAUAGUGAAUGCAGGGUCCUGGGAGACCAGAUAUAGUGAAUGCAGGGUCCGGGGAGACCAGAUAUAGUGAAUGCAGGGUCCGGGGGAGACCAGAUAUAGUGAAUGCAGGGUCCGGGGAGACCAGAUACAGUGAAUGCAGGGUCCUGGGAGACCAGAUAUAGUGAAUGCAGGGUCCAGGGAGACCAGAUAUAGUGAAUGCAGGGUCCGGGGAGACCAGAUAUAGGUCUGGGGAGACCAGAUAUAGUGAAUGCUGGGUC